UGUCAUGAACAGUUGUGCACAGUGGAUGAGUGAAGCAUAUGGCAAUAUUUAUACUAGUUUUAUUGUUAACCAACAUUUUAUCCAUUUUCUGGGACUUAAAUAAUACAGAAUGCAGUUGAAACUUUCUUUUCCAAAAGAUGCUGAACACAAAGACACAGUCUGCUGCGUUUCUUGGAAUAACACGGAUGAAGUGAUGUCUUGUGGGGAUGAUCAUUUGUUAAUGAAAUGGAAUUUAGUAACCACAGAUUCCCAAAAAAUAUGUGAGCUCCCAAGUGAUGUGUAUCCGAUCGAUUUCCAUUCAUUCUCAAGAAACCCGAGUAUAAGGAAACAAGGUCAAGACCAGCUAUUAAUAACAUCAUCUGAUGGCAAGUUCCACCUUGUUGGAAAAAGCGGUCGUAUUGAAAAGAGCGUAGAAGCGCACAAAGGCGCAGUACUUGUAGGUCAGUGGAGCCCGGAUGGAUCCAGCCUUUUGACAAGUGGUGAGGACGGCUUUCUGAAAAUUUGGUCGAGAAGUGGUAUGCUGAGGUCUCUGGCAGUGCAAAGCGGAGGUGUACCGAUUUAUAGUGCUUGUUGGAGUGCUGAUUCUUUACUAGUUAUUUACACCCAGGGGAAACAUUUAGUCAUCAAACCUUUGGCGGCCAACACAAAAGCAAACAGAUGGAAAGCUCAUGAAGGUCUUAUUCUAAAAGUUGCCUGGGAUUAUGUUAAUGGCCGAAUUAUAUCUGGAGGAGAAGAUUGUCGAUACAAAGUAUGGGACAGUUUUGGAGCUUUGUUAUUUUCAAGCAUGCUUCAUGAGCAUCCGAUAACUUCAUUGGCUUGGUCACCAAGUGGUGAACUGUUUGCUGUCGGAUCUUUUAACACGUUGCGUCUAUGUGAUAAAUCAGGGUGGUCACACUGUUUAGAGAAGCCCUCAACUGGUAGUUUGUACAGCAUUGCUUGGUCGGCCGAUGGUACCCAGUUAGCUGCAGGAUGUGCUAAUAACAAACUCUUGUUGGCCCAUGUUAUUGGCAGAAAAGUAGAAUGGGGCCAGUUUGAAGCAGUGGCUACAAGAAGGAAGACAAUUGUCGUUAAUAAUGUGGCUCAGACAGGUGAGGACACGAUUGAGUUUCCUGAGAGAGUGAUUCACCUCGCCCUUGCUUACAAGCAUCUUGUGGUCAUUACAACAACCCAAUUCUACAUUUACUCGACUAACAACUUGAACACACCGAUCGUAAUGGACCUGAGAGAAGGAUCGGUUUCAAUCGUUCUGCUCGCUGAAAAACAGUUUUUGUUGGUUGAGAGAACGAGCAUUAACUUGUAUAGCUACGAAGGAAGGUUACUUUCCUCGCCGAGAUGGGCCAGCUUGAAUCCUAGCAUCCUGAAUCCUCUGCACAUUUCAUUGGGGCCUGAUUCUCUUGCUGUGCGCGAUCAAGCCGAUGAAAGAGUGAUUCAGCUUUUUGACAUAAACGGAAAAGAGCUAGGCCCAUCUUUGCAGCACCCAAAUGCUUUGGUUGAAAUUGGCUUGAGUCAUGGUGGUAAUGCUUUAGAUCGACUUAUCGCAUUCAUUGAUAGACCACGGGACCUCUACAUCGCUACUGUCCAACCGAGGCUGUCUAUUGCAAGGAAAAUUGACAAACUUGGAAGCAUCGUACAGUCAUUCAAAUGGAACUCUCAUCUUAACAUAAUAGCAGCAAUUCAAGACACAUCUUUAAUAAUUUGGUACUACCCAUAUAUAUUGUUUGUUGAUAAAAAAUUAACAAGGAGGACUUCUGUAACAAAAGAAUCAAGUGAGUUUGGUCACCGUCCGAGUAUCGUGAGCUUUAUAGGCAAUCAUGUUGCCAUAAGGAGGUCAGAUGGAGCUCUCAUAAAUAACGGGAUUUCUCCCUACGUUGCGAUUUUACAUGGAUACGCUAUGUCAUCAUCUUGGAAAGAUGCGCUGCGUGUCUGUAGAUUAGUGAAAGACGAUGCUCUUUGGGCUUGCCUCGCUGUUAUGGCGACUCAGGCAAAAGAUUUGGAAACAGCUGAAGCUGCUUAUGCAGCUAUCAACCAAUAUGACAAAGUUUUGUACAUACAGCAUAUUAGAGAAAUUCCAAUAAGGGCAGUUCAAAAUGCGGAAAUGUCACUGUUAGGUGGUAACAUCCAAGAAGCAGAGACUCUUCUCUUACAAAAUGGACUUGUGUUUAGGGCAAUCAUGUCAAAUAUCAACACACACAAUUGGGAAAGAGCUCUUGAUAUUGCUUUAAGACACAAAACACAUAUCGAUACAGUUCUACUGUAUCGCCAAAGAUUCAUGGAAAGGCUUGGAAAGGAGGAAACAAAUGAAAAGUUCAACCAACUCAAAAACACGAUCACGAUAGAUGAGGAGCAAAUUGACAAAAAGGUUGAUUAUGAAUUGAAUAAAGAGGUGGGAAGUCAGCUUUCUGCCAUGGUUGUGAUAGUCUUCGCGGUGAUUCUCGUUUUCCCUCGGGCACUCGCUAACAAUCAUGCUGUCAGAAAAUGUUGCGAUCAAAUGCAUUCUCUGAACCGAGAGAACGAAUGCGUGCCGUCAGGCCAUCGUUGGUAUUACAUGAAUUUUACGUACGGUAUCCCCGAUUGCAAUUUCACGGUGUCUUACGCCCAAGAAGGCGGUUGGGCGUCCUGUAUCGACUACUCCACGGACACGGAUUCUUACAAAAUGUUCAUAUGUGAUAAAAACGACGAACCAUUGUUUAGAGUCCCUCCUAUAAAUUACGUGAAAAAAUGCUGCCCGUUGUAUAGGACGUACGACACCGCGCUGCAGUCCUGCUGGGGCGAGGACGACGUGGACGUCGAGUGGCCGAAUGAUUUUAUCAACCUGAUGAUGGCGGGGUUCGAAGGUGUUGUGGAUAUCAACGUCGGGGCUCCGGUCUGCCCUGUGAAUUACGUUCUCGCAGAUUACACCUUGCCGUUCGACCGGGUGAGGCGCGAGGAGAGCGAGUCCAUCGUCCUCAACAUGUCGGAUUAUCCAGAAAUGAGAUUCAACCCUGACGAAGUUUGCGUCGACUUGGCAGAUGCGAGGGAUCUUCUUGUCGUGAGGUCUUGCUUUUUGGCGGGAUUGACCUGUUACCCCGACGGAGAGAAGUUCUGCUUGAGAAAGUGCUGUCCCGAAGGGGAAUCGAAAGUCGGAAGAGAUUGCGCACCCUCAAACGCCACAAUUAACCCCUUGAGAGUUUACAACCAAUCCGACGGUUUACUUUUACCCCAGGAAUACUCCAUACCGGCGAUUUUUUACUACCCGAUGGAUUGUAAUUCCCAGUUUAUAGUCGACAACACGUCUUUAGUGUUAUUUAGAGAGGGGCCUUUCGUAGACGGAGAUCCUUCCGGGUGGGACCAAUUUUGCCUGGAACACGCGGACCGUGAUGAUUUCUUCGGGGUUUUCCUAUUCGGCUGUUUUCCCGAGCAAGAUGAAGAAUCUUUCGUAUUCGAAUUUAACGCUUGGUCCAUGGCCAUAUCGUGUUUCUUCGUACUCCUCACACUCAUGGUUUACGCGUGCCUUCCAAACUUGAGAAACCUCCAUGGUAAGACACUUAUGUGUCAUUUGUCGUGCCUGUUCGUCAGUUACCUUUGCCUUUUUUUAAUUCAGAACAGCUACCUAACUAGUGAAUUCUCCUGCCAAGUAAGCGCUCACGUGAACCAGUUUGCGUUUCUCGGUGCCUUCGCUUGGCUCAACGUGAUCAGUUUUGACAUCUGGUGGACCUUCGGGUCGUUUAGAUCACCUACGCGCAGAAAUAAAAGUGAAAGGAGGAGAUUCAUAUUCUACUCGGUGUACGCCUGGUUCAUCGCUAGCCUUUUUACCGUGGGAGCUUUGGUAGCCAACAACACAGAUUUGUUUCCUGCCUCCUUAAAGCCGAAUAUCGGCGUUAAAGUUUGUUUCUUCGAACUUCGAACAUAUGCACACUUCCUGUUUUUUCUUGGACCUAUGAUUGUAUUUGUUUGUAGCAACACUGUUUUCUUUAUAUUGACCGCGAUCCAUUGUUCAAAUGUCAAAAACGAGCUGCAUCGCGUAGCCCACAGCGUGCUGGCGGAGAAGAGAUUCCAAGCCGACAAGUCCAAGUUGAUCAUGAACUUCAAGCUGUUUGUCGUCAUGGGUAUCAGCUGGCUUCUGGAAUCGAUCUCCGAGUACGGUGUACAGGACUCUCUGGUUUGGGCCGCCCUCGACUUCCUGAACGCAUCUCAGGGCAUCCUGAUUUUUUCGAUAUUCAUUUUGAAGAAAAAGAUUUUAAAAGCGAUCCACGGGAAGUUGAAAGCGGUCGUCUGCAACGAGAAGCCGAAGAAUCACAGGCCAAGCACGUCAACGCUUUUCACUGUUCUGAGCAACGAGGUGAAAAUCGCUCACCCGCUGAAGAAAAGCACGUCCGACAGCAUGCUUUCAUGCGACAGGCUGUCUGUCGGCAACCCUUCUCCAAGAAAACUACCGCAAAGAUGUAUGUCUUCUGCUUGUACCAAUCAAUUAGGAAUUUCAAGCCGUUUGAUUCCUACGAUAUGAUUUUAAAAAAGUUCAUAAGCCGCUUUAAUUGUGACCUUUUUUCAAGUAUAUAUAUUUUGCGACGAGAGAGUACAGGCAAACGCUAUGCCAGUAUACGCAAAAUUACUCAAUUUACGUAUUCCAAUUAAUUCGAUAUUCGACUACAAGUCAUUCCAAACUUUUAUAUUUAGUUUAUACUUUUUGUUUUCUUUUUGCAACCGCUAAUAUUAGCGAACAAUUGAUUAUAUAUUUAUUUUAUAAUAUACAGCCUAACAAUUUUGCUGUUAUAAAUUAGCAGGGGAAAAAAGUUGAAAAUUUGUUGUAAACAAACGUAAAACUUAAAUUAUAGAAUCUCACUUCCAGUGGUAAGACUCUGCAUUGUGUUAUUUUUAAUGAUACAUAUUAAGGAAAUCGAGAAAUAACUUUGUAAUAAAUUAAUUUUUCACAUAUUAUAAUA